AUGUCGUUGCUCGACCCGCCGUCGCCGUCGAGCGCGAGCGACCUCUCGUCCAAACACCGCGACUCGUCGGCACAUACACUCGCCCCCGACAGCGACGACCCGUCCUUCGACUCGGACCACAUCUUGACUUCGACACCGCUGAAGCAGGCGAACGGGCGCGGCGGACGCGGGCGGGGACGGGACGACGAGGAGGGACUGCACGCGAGCGACACGGAGAGUCUGGGCGACCUGGAUGAGCGGGACAUCGAAAGAGGCGCGCAAAAGGGUCUCACGGAUGGCUCGCAUUCGCCUUUGACGCGUCGCAGCUUGCGUGAGCUCUCCUCGUCAACUCGAACCCCUCUCGCUCCUUCCUUCGGCGCGCAGAACGGGCGAGUACAGGCGAACGGGAUUGCUCGACUAGACGAGCUGUAUGCCCCUUCGCCAAGUACGGGGAGCAGCACGCUCGUCGACCGGGAAGAGGACUUCAGGCGGUGGAAGGAGGGACGUGAAGAGGAGGUCACGAUGCAGGGGCCGCGUUUGGCCGCGAAUGGACGAUAUGAGGGUGAAGCGGAUGGGAGUGAGGACGACCACGAGACUGUCCAGCCGCCUGGAAGCGAGGACGGCUCGUCCAGCUCGCCCCGACCGCGAAGAAGCCGGGUAGGCGACCUCGCCUCGUACAUUGACGCGCGGCUCUCGGCGUCUGCUUCGCCUCAGACUACGCCACGCAAGAGACCGCGCCGGCAAAGACGCGAGCCUACUACUCCCGCAGCUCCAGGCGCCUUUCCCUCGUCCGCUCGCAAAUCCGGCUCCUCGUUCCGCCCCUCCGCAUCUCACCCAUCCUACGCCACGCCUUCUUUACGAGCGUCUACCAAUGCGCCGUCUGCCGAGACGCCCACUUCGACGGGAUCCUCCCAGAUUCACGACGCCUUCAAGCGCCUAAUUACCGGUCCAGACGGCGCACUCGCUCAUUCCGCCGAGCGACGGGCCGUGCUCGAGGCCAACGUAACUGGUCCCUCGCCUGCGCGCAACGAGCCGCCCACUCCGCAUCCAGCCGGCUACUACGCCUUCGUUCCAUCCUCGUCGCUCCCGCUGGAGAAGAAGCCUUCGCGAUGGGAAAGGCAGCUGCGGCAUGAUGUCGAGGACGACCGACUUGAUACGCCUUCGCGAGCGGCACGCCCGGCGGAUCUCGGCGGAGUACUGAAGCAUCUGGGCCAGGUGCAGCGGCAGGACGGCUUCUUCGCAGACGAUUGGCCGAGGGAAAGGAUGCCGGACGUGCGGUACGGGGACGAUCGUUCGUAUGCAGACGAGGAUGUGCGGCAGGAGGAGCCGCAUGUCGGACGGAGCGCCAUGGACUUUGCCAUGGCGCGCUCGUUUACUCGGGACGAGGAGGGCGCAAACUUCGAGCAAGUGGAAACGCCCUUAGCAGCUCCUCCGCGCAGCGACUUCCGCGCCAGUACCAACGUCCGCUUCGCCGACCCCAUCCACCGCGUCUCGCCCAUUUCGCCUUCGACAUCCUCAUCUAGCCGAUCUCGAUCGUCUUCCUCGCCCAGGACAUCCCCACGUACCGCUUAUGCCGCGCCCACCCUUUCGCGCCGCCAGUCAACGACUCCCCCGUCCUCCCCGCCGCCGCAACUGCUUUUCGCGAAACAAGCUCCCGACUCGCCUCUCCUGCCGCCGCUUCCUCCGCCUCUACCACCUGCAUCACCUGAGCCUCCACCUCUACAGCGUUCUCUCCGCGGCUCUGCAUACCGCAUCAGACGCUCCCUCAGCUUCGACGAGCCUCCUCUCGCGCCCGCCUUUCCCGACGACCCGCUCUUCUCUCCUCCUCGACCCGGUCAGCGACAAGACUGGCAGCGACCCGCAUCGUCGACUCCGCCGAGGGGCAAGACGGCUAGCCCGCCUCGACCGAUGGGCACGCCGCCCGACCGACCUGAUCUCUCGCUCUCGCUUCGCAGGCGGAACAGGCGCGACGAGCACACCGCUGAAGACCUCUCGCUUGGCGACGGCAGGGCCGACCUUUCGGCAGAUGCGACGGUGCAGAACCUCGUGUCACAGUUAGCGGCGGCCGUACAAGCCUUGACGACGUCGCAGUCUGCUUCGGCGGCACCUUCGUCCGGGCUGGACGAGCGAGGCCUGCCCCUGCCACGGCAGCCCGCAGAUGGCGCACCGGAGCUGAGAACCGAGCUCGAGCGGCGGAAGAAGGAGAGCGCGGCGCGGCGGAUGGAGCUUGAAGAGCAGUUGCGAAACAUCGAGCGGCAAGGCGGGGCGGACGAGGACCACCGCGCAUCCAUGCUGCGCGAGCUCGCGGAGACGUACGAGAUCGAGCACGAGCUCGGCUACAAAGUCGACGAGCUCAAGCGGACAAUCGAGGGCAUGGGCCAGAUCGUUGGCGACCAGGUCGCCCAGGCUGUCGACCGCUCGCUCCUGCAAGACUCGCGACGGAGGACGCAAUGGCUUGCCCUAGCCUUCUGCGUUCAGUUUGCACUCUUCAUAAUCAUCCUUCGCCUUACCAACGCCCGCACGGCAUCACUCCUCCAGAACGUUUACUACGACCCCUUCUACCCGACACUCUACCACGUACCCUCCGAUACCCUCGCGUACUCCCUCUCUGAGCCAUACCUAUCCGUCGAUACCCUCGCCGCCUUUUCGCCAUACCCUCGUCCGCCGUCCUUCUCUCCCUUCGCCUCCGUUUCUACCGGUCUCCAGCGCGUCAGCAACCUGCUCCAGGCUACCCUGCCCCAUUGGCCAACAUCGCAGGAGAUGUACUCCUCCUGGUCGGAAGGGAUUCUUGUGCCGUCUUGA